CCGGCAGGGCAGGGAGGGCUGAGACCGCAGGCGGGAUGAGGUCUCGCUGCCGGCUUAGCUGAGACUCGCUCGCGUGGGCUCCCGCCGCGGGCCCGCAGUGGCCGCGGCGGCAUGAAGGGCGCUCUGGGGAGCCCCGUGGGCGCCGCGAUGCAGGAGAGUUUCGGCUGCGUCGUGGCCAACCGCUUCCACCAGCUGCUGGACGACGAGUCUGACCCGUUCGACAUCCUGCGCGAGGCCGAGCGCCGGCGCCAGCAGCAGCUGCAGCGCAAGAGGCGCGAUGAAGCGGCGGCGGCGGCUGGGGUUGGCAAUCGCGGCGGCAGAAGCCCCGCCGGGGCCUCGGGCCACAGACCCGGCGCGAGCGGCGGCCGGAGGGAGUCCCAGAAGGAACGCAAGGGCCUCCCGGCCCCCGGCGCGCAGCCGCCGGACAGCCCUGGGGGCGUCCCGCAGCCACCCGGUCAGAAGCGAACUCCUAGAAGAGGGGAGCAGCAAGGAUGGAAUGAGAGCCGGGGGACAGAGGUGACGCUGGAUAGAGCAGAACGGAGAUCCUACAGGGAAUAUCAACUCUGUGAGACCGAGAGGCAGGCAGACUUUACACCUGAGAAGUUUACAGAUGAAAAACCAGUUGACAGGUUUGAUCGAGACAGACCACUGAGAGGACGUGGAGGCCCAAGAGGAGGCCUGCGGAGCAGAGGCAGAGGUGGUCUGGGGAACAGAGCUUUCGAUGGUUUUGACCAGAGAGGGAAACGGGAGUAUGACAGAUAUGGCGGGAAUGAUAAAACAGCAUUGAGAACUGAAGACAACAACAAGGGUGGAUAUGGAGUUCGCACCUGGGGAGCAGGUAAAGAAACCAGUGAUGUGGAGCCAGCUGUGCUGAUGGAGGAGACUUCGGUGGUGGAAGAGCCCCCAGGUCCCCUCGAGGAGGGGUCUCCAGCCAAAGUUCCUGAGUUGGAGGUAGAAGAAGAAACUCAAGUUCAAGAGAUGACCCUAGAUGAGUGGAAAAAUCUUCAAGAACAGACCAGACCAAAGCCGGAAUUUAACAUCCGGAAACCUGAGUCCACUGUCCCUUCCAGAGCAGUGGUGAUACACAAAUCUAAAUAUAGAGAUGAUAUGGUAAAGGAUGACUAUGAGGAUGAUGCCCACGUAUUCCGGAAAGCAGCCAAUGACAUCACAUCCCAGCUGGAGAUUAAUUUUGGUAACCUCCCUCGUCCCGGGCGCGGAGCCAGAGGUGGCCCACGGGGAGGCCGGGGAAGGAUCAGACGGGCAGAGAACUAUGGACCCAGAGCAGAAGUGGUGACGCAAGACGUUGCUCCAAACCCGGAUGACCCUGAAGACUUUCCUGCUCUGGCUUGAGCCCUAUUUCCCUGGCAACCUAGAACAGCAUUGCCUUCCCGAUAGAAAGACUUCUUGCUGUGGGGAAGAGAUUCAGACUCUAAGAACAAUAGAUGUUGCUUUUCCCCCCAUGUAGUGUGAAUCCAUUGUAUUUUUUUGGCCUUGGUGGGAGAGCAGUUUCUCCAGAUACUCAGAGCAGCAGUUUCAGUCAGGGGUUAGUCUGGCACUUUCCCAGGAAGGUGGAGAAUGGAGAUUAUUUUUUUAUUUAAGAAAUUCCAGAUGAAGUUCAGAAAUAAUGUUUAAAAUGUGUACAUAGAGAUUGUAAACUAGAAUCUAUUGUCUACUUAGUAAGUUGUACAGAUAUUAAUAGGAAGUCUGUCCUUUAGUGUUAGAGGAAACACAUGUAACUCAGACCAUUAAUGUAGAGUCAUAGCCCAGUUUUCAGAGACCAAGAAAUUAAAAUAUAAUUUUAUUUACUGUUUACUGUAAUUGUUAUACUCUCCUGGGAUUUUUUUAAAUUCUGCUUUUCAUUUAACCAAUUAUUUUAAUUAUUAAUUAAUUAAUUUAUUUAUUUAUUUAA